AUGGCGGUCGACGAGAACCCUAUUGAAAAACUUGCCUAUGUAUCCAACAAGGCUGCCGAGGCUAUCUAUUCCUCGGAUGAUGGUAUAGACGCAGCCACUAUCCAGCCUGUUGAUCCAAACUUCGAAACAAGGGUCUUGCGCAAGAUUGAUCGGUGGUUGGUCGGCUUUUAUAGCAUAGUGUACGUGUUUCGCGUCAUAGAUUCGGCCAACUAUUCCAAUGCCGCCAUCAUAAACCUCGAGAAUGGUACUGGGAUCAAGAAGCAACUUGGUUUCACACCUGAACAGUGGGCAUGGACACUUUCCAUCUUCUCAUGGGGAUACAUGGUAUUUGAGCCCAGUAACACGCUGCUGUUGAAACUGUUCAAGCCAUCAAGGUGGAUGUUCAUCCUCAUCUUGGCAUGGGGCAUCAGCGCGUGCGCUUCUGCUUCGGUCCAGGGGUUCAGAGGAAUGAUGGGCGUACGAUUUGCAAUAGGUGCAGCAGAGGCAGGCUUCUAUCCUGCAGUGUUGUAUCAUUGGAGCUUUUGGUAUAAGCCAUCCGAUCUGCCAAGGCGUAUGGCGCUGUUCUACUCAGUCGGACAACUUUCAAGUGCAUUGAGUGGACUUCUUGCGUUUGCUAUAAGUUACAUGGACGGUCUCGGUCGCAUAGCAGGAUGGCGUUGGCUGUUUCUCAUAGAAGGACUACCGGCCAUAUUAUUGUCGUUCGUUGCCUUCGGGCUUCCGGAUUACCCAGAGACGGCCAAGUUCCUCACCAACGAGGAACGCGAAUUCCUCUCGCAUCGUCUCGCAAAGACGGCACCGAAAGGUUCCCCAGGCCAUUGGGAUUGGGCAAGCCUUCUGCAACUGUUCAAGGAUCCAACUUUCUACACCUUCACAGUGUAUUGGAUUUGUCACGGUAUUGGUGGAUUUGGCGUCAAUUUUGCGUUGCCGACUGUUGUCUAUCAGCUGGGCUUCACGACAACAACGAAGUCUCAAUUGAUGAAUAUUCCUCCAUAUGUCUCGUGCUUCCUGUUCCUCAAUACCGUAGGAUAUUUGAUCUCAAAGGGGAAAAUUCGACCUUGGGUGGCAGCUGCCUCCAGUAAGUACAAGCUCACGUGCACCAAAAUCAAGGCUAACGGUGGUCCAGUCGAGUCCACGAUAAUCGUCUGCUAUAUCAUCCUCGUUGCCGUCAAUAAUCCGGUGGUGCGAUAUCUCGCCUUGAUAGUUGCAGUUUCAUGCGCCGGUUCUGCGUACCCAGUGAUUUGGCCUGAAAGAAUCCGAGCCCUUGAAGGGACCGUGGCGGCAGGCAUUGGAAUUGGAUUCACGAAUGCGUGUGCCCAGUGGAGCGGAAUCGUUGGCCCGCAUGUGUAUUCGACAAUCUAUGGUCCAAGAUAUCGUACUUCGUAUGCUGUCUGCUUGUCGGUUCUGGUGGUUGGUAUUUCUUCGAUCCUGACCACCUGGCAUCUGAUAAGACGUCGAGACCAAAAGAGAGCGGCAUCGGUCGACACCUAA